ACCUUUAAAGUAUGAGACAAAAACAAGGGGUGUCGACCAGUAACUUGCAGGCUACAGCUGUUUUUUUUUUGUGCCUUUAUGUCCUACAUUACGGUACAAAUGAAGGUUCUGCGCUCAUACUUGAAACAGUACUGUACAGUCAGCGAGGCGGGGCCAACGAAUUUAGCUAAGAAGGAACUCCUGUGUUUAUGGAUUCAUGAUUGUGAAAGCCCAUUAUGAGAUCUGUCCUGUUGGUCCCUUUUCUCUUCCUGCCCCUGACAGCAGGAAGUGAUGUCACAGGGAAGGAAUUUGACCAGAAGCCCAACUUUGUUCUAAUGGUUGUUGAUGACUUAGGAAUUGGUGAUAUAGGGUGCUACGGGAAUGACACCAUUAGAACUCCAAAUAUCGACAGACUUGCUUCUGAUGGGGUGAAGCUUACUCAGCACAUUGCAGCUGCUCCACUCUGCACCCCAAGUCGUACUGCUUUUAUGACGGGCCGUUAUGCAAUCCGCUCAGGAAUGGUUAGCACAGGGCGUGUCCGGGUGCUGCUAUUCCUCGGAGGUUCAGGAGGGCUUGCACCCAGUGAGACCACCUUUGCUAAGAGACUGCAGCAGCAAGGAUACACUACUGGUCUAGUGGGUAAAUGGCACUUGGGUGUGAAUUGCAAACACAGACGGGAUCACUGUCAUCACCCGAACCAGCAUGGCUUCAGUUACUUCUAUGGUCUACCAUUCACCCUGUUCAAUGACUGUGUGCCUGGAGAGGGCAGCGACGUGCUGGUAGAUCUCCAGCACGCGCUCCAAAAUUUGACCAUGUUGCUCGGAGUUGGACUUCUCACAAUCGUGUGUGUCCGUGUGUGUGGCCUUUUUGAAGUCGGCCUGUGGCUCCUGGUACUACUUUUCUUUCUCUGCAUCCUAGCAACCGCUGUGUGGUAUGUGCCCUUUAAGUUCUUGCCAACAUGGAACUGCAUCAUUAUGAGGAACCAAGAAGUAAUCGAACAGCCGAUGACCAUGGAGACACUGCCCCAGAGAUUGCUGGGAGAAGCAGAAAACUUUAUAAAGAGCUACUUAAAUUUCAACGUAAGAUUGGUCACGGUAAUUGGCAGUGUCUACAAUGAUAACUUUCAUAUCAUCAGUGGGAAAGCUAUGGGGGGCUGGGAAGGGGGGAUCAGGGUACCUGGUAUUUUCCGCUGGCCAGGCAGGCUGAGAGCAGGAAAAGUGGUGGAUGAACCCACUAGCCUCAUGGAUCUGUAUCCCACCCUUAAAUAUUUAGCCAAGGACAAACAACCAGACAGACAAUCCGAUGGCUAUAACCUCAUGCCGCUGUUGGAGGGGGAAGUUGCACGAUCAGAGCACGAGUUCAUGUUCCACUACUGUGGCAUCUACCUGAAUGCAGUGCGCUGGCACCCACCUGGCAGUGACUCUAUCUACAAGGUGCACUUCUUCACUCCCAACUUUUUUCCCCCGGGUGCCGGUGGCUGCUAUGACACAAAGAUUUGCCUUUGUCAUGGAGAGCAUGUGACUCACCAUGACCCGCCGCUACUGUAUAACCUCUUCCACGAUCCCUCAGAGUCUCGGCCUCUGACUCCUGAUACUGAGCCCCGAUAUGCUGAAAUCCUUGAACAGACCGCCAAAGCCGUGGAGAGACAUAAAAGCACACUCCCAAAUGAACAGGCACCUGCUGAUGCUAAUUCAGAGGCCAAUACAGCUGAACAGGGUGUCGAAUUGCAACUGACUUGGGACAAGAUUUUGUGGAGACCCUGGCUUCAGCCUUGCUGUGGGACUUUUCCAUUCUGUGGAUGCAAGGAGAACACAACUCAUAUGUAAGACAGACAAAAGUUGGAACAAACGACUUUGGUUUCAUGAAGGUGCUCGCUGUUUAAAAAAAUCGAAUAAAAUAGUUUAAUAAUUUAAUUAGUGCUUUUGUUUUUACAUUGGAUUUCUAGCACUUUUAGUCUAAAGCUACCAAUGUAUUGUGUGGAAAUGAAGAGAGAAGCUGAAAAAUUACUUAUUAAAUUAAUUAGAAAUAAUCCAGAACGAAGUGUAUUAGUGUUGAAGUGGACUAAGGACUCCACACGACUAUACCUGUGAUUCUGUAAUCUACAUUUUUGGUGCAGUUGAGUCAAGGAAGAUUUAGCUAUGUAAUAAUUCCGUGAAGUGAAUUAGUGCUUUUAAUUUGUAUUGGGAAAAGUGGCUUCAUGGUGUAGUGGUUACCACAUUCACCUUACAUGCAAUGAGACAAGUCCAGCUUCACGGGGUCACAAGCUCGUGUGGCCUUAGUGCCGGUUCCAAGCCCGGAAAAAUGAGAGGGUUGCAUCAGGAGGUGUAUUUGGCACCAAGUCAAGCGUGAGCAUUCAUCCACUUUGACAAGCCCUUGAGAAAUAAAGGGCAUCUUAUAAUAGGAAAAACAUUAGCCGUGCUUGUUAUAUAAAAGAAGGAAAAAGAAAAUGCUCGGUGAGUUUUAAUGAUUUUGCCUGCAUUCAGUCUUCUGGUGAGGUCAUUGUGCUUUACCCUGUCUGUUUUUCGUUGUCUCUCUCUAUGCUCUUCUCUUUCUCCUUACUCCAACUGGUCGAGGCAGAUGUCCACACUCCCCGAGUCAGGUUUUGCUGGAGGUUUCUUCCUGUUAAAAGGGAAUGUUUAUUUAAUUGCCUUAAUCUACUGUGCCAAGUGUUUGCUUAGAGGGCAUUAUUGUGUUUUAGAAUCAUUACGUAAAAUGGGAAGUACCUUGAGAUGACUAAUGUUGUGAUUGGGAGCUAUGUAAAUAAAAAUGAAUUGAUUGUA